AUGCGCCUUUUUUGUGUUCUAUCGGCCGUCACGGUUACUGUCUUGCCAGUAGCGGUCAACGCAGUCGCGUCGCAGACAUACACUUGGAAGAAUGUGAAGAUCGGCGGCGGCGGCGGUUUUGUGCCGGAUAUCGUGUUCAACCCCAACGAGAAAGGGCUUGCAUACGCUCGCACCGACAUCGGCGGUGCAUACAAGCUCAACUCUGACGACACAUGGACACCCUUGGUCGACUUCGCAAACGAUUCGACGUGGAACUACUGGGGCAUUGACGCCCUUGCUACCGAUCCAGUGGACACAAAACGCUUGAUGUACACCAACUCAUGGGACCCCAACAAUGGCCAUAUUCUAGCCUCACAAGAUUACGGUAAAACGUUCACGGCCUACGCCCUUCCGUUCAAAGUUGGAGGAAACAUGCCUGGUCGUGGUGUUGGUGAGCGCCUUGCGGUAGACCCUCACAGCAACAACAUCCUGUUCUUUGGUGCGAGGAGUGGAAACGGCCUCUGGAAGUCGAGCGACUACGGUGCUACCUGGACCCAAGUUACAGGCCUACCCAACACAGGGACAUUCAUCCCCGACCCCACCGACACGACCGGCUACAACAACGACAAGAUUGGAAUCGCCUUUGUGACAUUCGACUCGACGAGCGGCACGUCGGGAUCAGCGACCCAACGUAUCUUCGUUGGCAGUGUCAGCAACGGAACAAGUAAUGUGUUCGUGACAACCAACGGGGGCUCCUCUUGGUCUGCCAUUCCCGGGCAGAACACUACCUUCCUACCUCACAAGGGUGUGCUCUCACCCGCGGAAAACUCUCUCUAUAUCUCCUAUUCGAACGGUGCCGGUCCUUAUGACGGCACGAAUGGCGCGGUUUGGAAGUACAAUAUCACUUCGGGCACUUUGGCUGACAUCACUCCUGUCACCGGUAGCAACUUGUAUUUCGGUUUUGGCGGCGUUGCAGUCGAUGCGCAAAAGCCUGGCACAAUCAUGGUGGCGGCUUUGAACAGCUGGUGGCCUGACGGCCAAAUUUUCCGAUCUCUCGACGGCGGUGCUACAUGGAAGGCACUCUGGACGUGGGGAUCAUACCCGACUAUCUACAAGAACUACAAGUACGACGACACUCUUGCUCCCUGGUUGGGCCCAGACUACACUGUUACGACCCUUGGGACUUUGCAAAUUGGUUGGAUGAUGGAGGGCUUGUCGAUCGAUCCUUUCGACUCCAACCACUGGUUGUAUGGAACUGGCGCGACCGUUCUUGGCGGUCACGAUCUCACAGAUUGGGAUUCAGCUGGCAACCUUACUCUGAAAUCGUUGGCCGAUGGUAUCGAGGAAGAAUCUGUGCAGGGAUUGAUCUCACCGCCUACUGGUCCCCACCUUAUUUCUGCAGUCGGCGAUGACGGCGGUUUUGUACACAAUAGUUUAGACGUUGCACCAGCAAAUAGUUUCCAGAAUCCUGCGUGGUCAACUACUGCGGACUUGGACUUUGCCGGCAAUAAGCCCACCAACCUCGUUCGUAUUGGUACCGGUGACAGUUCCUCUGGAAAGCAAGUCGCCCUAUCGACUGACUCUGGCACAACCUGGAGUCAAGACUACGGCGCAGCUGACAAUGUUAGUGGUGGAAAAGUGGCUUUGUCUGCAGACGGAGAUACUGUUCUUUGGCGCACCAGCGCAAAUGGUGUUCAGGUCUCGCAAUAUACGAACUCGUUUACAGCAGUAUCCACGCUGCCUUCCGAUGCUGUCAUCGCCUCAGACAAGAAGAACAAUUCCGUUUUCUACGGCGCCUCUGGCUCUAAAUUCUACCUUUCCACCGACGGUGGAAAGACGUUCGCCUCUACUGCUACACUCGGUUCGACUGCUUCACCAAGCAAGAUUGUUGUCCAUCCCAAUAUCACUGGCGAUGUCUGGGUAUCAACUAACACUGGUAUCUUCCACUCGACGAACUCUGGUUCCACUUUCACUGCUCUGUCCGGUGUCAGCGCUGCAUGGGCUAUUGCUCUCGGUGCUCCGGCUACAUUAGGAGGAUAUCCCGCAUUGUUUGCCGCUGCCGACAUUGGGGGCAUCGGAUACUUCAGGACAGACGACCAAGGCGCGAACUGGGUUCAGAUCAACGAUGCAGCACAUGGAUUUGGCUCAGCGAGCGCAAAUGUCCUUACCGCCGACCCCAGAAUAUACGGCCGUGUGUACAUUGGAACGAACGGUAGAGGUAUCUUCUACGGCGACGCCUCUGGUUCUGCUCCUGCACCCACUUCCUCGAUCGCACCCACUUCUACAGUCGCGCCGACCACGAGCGCUUCUCAGGCUUCAACGUCUCCAGCUGCUUCGAGUGCUACAUCUUUGUCUGCUAGUAUUACUACUACUUCAAGUGGACCAGCUGCCACUCAAACAGCAUACGGCCAGUGCGGCGGGCAAGGAUGGACGGGCGCCACUAUCUGUAUUUCUGGAUACACCUGCACCACUAUUCGCAAUGCAUCCCGUCUUGAAAUUUGGCAUUUGGACCUUUCCCGGGUUCAAUUGCUUUGGAUCCUUGACAAAAACAUCGGGUUGUUGUCUCAAGUAGGAUUUUUUCGUUGUAAGGCAACGUGUAGGGAUGUUCGAGGCUGUAUAUGUCUCGCAUAUCAUCGUUUGAAGAAACCUGAGCAUACACCGUCUAAACGUGUUCAGACAGAUUAA